CCAAGCCCAAGGCAGAGCGAUGUUCAUUUCUCCUGUGCGCACAGCUCUUGUAUAAAUUGACCAGAGCUUGACUCUGUUCUCAGUCAGAUAGAGUUAGUCGAGUUGGUUUCUACUCAGUGGAUGCGGAUCAGAAUUGAGAAUUUCAAGACCUAACAAUGUUGAGAAUUGCUUUGGUGGUGAUUCUGUUCCAGGUUUUUCUGCAAUCUGUUAUUACAGAAGCACUUUGCUGUGAUAUCAGAUCUGAUAUAAAAAAUCGUACCCUCGCUUACAACUUAUUGUGUUCAAAACAAGAUCAAAAGCUUGGGUCAUGCUGUCGUGUCAUAGAACAGGAAAUUCGCAGACAGAAAUUGGCGCUCAAAAUAUUGUGUCUAAACAACGAAACCAACCAUUGCAAGACAAACCCUUGCGACUUCAAUGCUGUUUGUGUCGGUCACUGUGACCACUACACAUGCACCUGUAAACCUGGUUAUACUGGUCCAGGAACCAAUUGUACAAAGAUCAACUAUUGCUCGUCCAAUCCUUGCGAUGUCAACGCUGUUUGUGUCAGUAACACUUACAACUACACAUGCACUUGUAAACCUGGUUAUACUGGUCCAGGAACCUAUUGUAUAGUUAUUGCCGAAAAUAGUUGUGCUGAUCUUAUAAAUCAGGAGUGAGACAAGAUGGUGUUUAUACAAUCAACCCUGAUGGCCUGG